AUGCGUUCGACUGAAUACAUUUCGCUCGUCUUAUUGACGAUCUCCUUGAUCAAUGGUAUUCCAUUUCCUCCUGAAGAUGAAACUUCGGAUAAAAAAGAGAUAAUAGCUCGCGAUAUUGGAACAUGCUAUUUAUGGUACUGGUCUCAACCUAAUCCUGACAGUCUUCUAGCCAAAACAUUAAAACCACCAUGCAGUAUUUCCGCAGCGUUUCCUCCAACGUUGCCUGGUGGUUGGACAACGGAUCCAGGUUGUGAUGCAUCACAACAACCGAAUACUUGUAAUUUACAUAAGGGUGCUUAUGGCUGUUAUCGACAUGCUUUGUCUUCAACAGGACCAGGUGCUCAAGCAUGUUAUGAUAAAAAUGGUCAAUGGAUAUCAGAUCCUUGGAAAGAUGCUGGCACACUUGAUGCAGAAACACCAUUAGGUGACACUAUUCAAGCCGGUAAACAUUUUGUUGCUGAUGUUGUUCCUUAUUACGACUGCUGCAAAAUAACAUUAUUUUUUCAAAAACAUAUCUGCAAUCUUUAUUAUGAAAAACGUCCACCAGGACAAUGUCAAAAUUAA